CCAAAGUAUUUUACUGCUUUUCUAUCAAAGCUAGCGUUUGUCGUCAAAGCAGUGGCCCAAGCAGAAAUCCUGAGUCCUGAGAUGGUGGGAACAUUUCAAAUCAACGUUCUGGAUGGCUCGAACGAGCGUGAUGACCCCAAUACCAGGGGCUAUACUGUCGCACCUCAGGUCACCAAGACCGCGAGAGAUUAUCCUCUCCAAGACUUCCGAGAAGAAGUGUUCGGUGAAGGAUUCAGUUACCAGCGCUCUGCGGAGCUUUUGAAGAAACAUGGUUUCACGGCGGUCAAAUUUAACCCCGCCAGCCUGAUCAACGCCAAUGAGGACCAAGUGCGUGCCCAACACUUUGACAGUCUCUCGGUGCUGGAGGAAACAUACUACCCUGAGGUGGUCCGAUCCAUGCUCAACUUGAUCGGCGCCAAAGAGGUCUUCAUCACCAACAGCAUCAUCCGUCGAGGUCCAGGAGCGACUGCGACCGAAGGCGAGGGCGAUGUCACCGUACCUCAGGCUUUUUCAAAGCCCUGCAUGACAACAAGCCCACUCACAUGGGGUCUUCCGAUCAGGCGAAGCCAUCCAGAACGCCGCACUGCGACUACACGCCGCUGGGGGCGCGGCGGGCGAUUCGCAGCUGGCGCCCGGACAUUCGGGCCGAGGCGGACGCCCAGAAAGCCGUUCCCGCCACCCCGAAGGACGCGGGCCCGCAGUGGUACUACCUCAGAGAGCAGAAGCCGGACGAGGUCCCUUAAGUUCUUUCAUAGCGCUUCCUUGGGUGUCGAGGGGCCUGAUGCAGAAGCGCCAGCAGUGCUACACGCUAGUCCCAAUCUCGGGAGUGCAGGCUAUGGAGUAGCAAGGGAGAGCAUCGAGGUGAGGUGCAUUGCCUUUUGGUAG